AUGGCUAUGAUGACAACCCGAGGAAUUUCCCUCCAAGCGGCAGUCUCAGUUCGACUGCGCCACGUUGGAACAGAAGGUCAGACUUGUGGGAGGACGUCUACCAUAUCAAGGAGGUCCGAAGUUCGCCGAACACAAUGUGGUUUUUCGAGUGACCCGUUGAGAGAUGGUCAUCAUUCACCAGUUUUAAUCAAACGAACACUUUCAUCAAGACCUACUCUCAGACGGGCAAAUAGCAUUGCUCGUUUUAUUCGUGAUAGUGACCCAGAUCAGAUCAAAUGUGAUCAAGUGUUGCUAGAGAAGCAAGAAUCAAUGAAUCAUAAAGGUGGCAAUGAUAUACUACACUUCCGCGUCCCUUCCGAUGAAGAAUGGUCAAAGGAUUCACGUUCUAGCCCUGAUAGUAGGGAUAGAGGUAUAGAAAUGAAAACUAUUCAUCCAUUACAUCCAUAUCCGACAUCGAAACCAAAACCCAAAGUAGGACUUUUUGGCAAAAUUAAAAAUUUAGGAAAAAGUAUCAAACGUUCAUUGAAGGAUGUUGGAAGUUUUUUGUUAAGCUGCAUCUUGAAUAUAUUCAGAAAAAAAGACGGUGCUAGCAAUCUGAAAACCAGUGAAACAGGCAUAUAUUUGUCAGGUGAGGUUGAAAAUGAUGACCUUUGGAGAUAUAUAAAGAAAGCAAAAAGGCUGAUGGAGAUGAUUCCUGGAAAUUCGACACCACUUACAAAUUCAUUGGAAGAAGAUUCAGAUCUGGAACAUUUUGAACCGUUUGAAGCCCUCAAACUUCUCGCUUGGGAGCUCGUGGUUAAUCCAUGUAAACAAGACCACAUUGUGGGAGACUUAUUUGGUCAGGGAGAACCUGAACAAUGGAAUCCAUUUUUCAAGAGACUCAUAGGUGACCCUGGGACCAAGAAGUUAAAAGAAAUCUUCGUCACUCAAAUGGAUAAUUUGAAAGUUUCGGAUCCUACUUCACUGGCUGAGAAAUACCCAGGUGGUUGGGAUGAAUUUGUUCAAACCUUAACUUCUCCAGAACAAAAAGAGGCAGUUGAAGAAUUUCAAAUUAAACUUAAAGCAACUUUAGAAAGGAUUCCUGAAUCCAAAAGAAUCAAUAUUAUAAUAUUUGCAAAACAAUAUCGCAAGGAAAGACUUGGAGGUGCUGAGAACAAGUCAGGUUUGGUCAACCCUCAACACUCGUCAAACACGGAUAACUUGAAGAUCUAG